AGCUCACGUGACCACAACCUCCUCCUCACCCAUCAUGGCGGACGUGCGCUUCCCGCCGUUCCGAGCAGCGGACGAUUUCGUCCUCGGCGUAGCGCGAUUCGGGGCGCCGGACAUGAACGACCCGGCGAGGUGGAACAACAGGAUCAUCAACAACCUGCUGUACUACCAGAGCAACUACGCCGCCUCCAUCGUGGCCGUCAUGCUGCUGGUCGGGUACAUACGUCCCCUAGAGAUGAUGAUCGGUGGGGCGGUGGUGGCCAUCGUCUUCCUGGCCUUUGUCCUGGCCUCGGAGAACCGCACCACCGUGCGCCGCUUCAAGCGCAACCGACCGGGCUUGGCGGUGUGUGCGGUGCUCGUGGCCAGCGGCAUGAUGCUGCACCUGCUCGGAGGAAUCCUGGUCUUUGUCUUCGGCAUCACCUUCCCGCUACUCUUGGUGCUGAUCCACGCGUCGCUGCGUCUGCGCAACCUCAAGAACAAGCUCAGCAACAAGAUGGAGAACAUCGGCCUGAAGCGCACACCCAUGGGGCUCUUGCUGGAGGCGCUGGGCCAGGAGUCGGAGGCCGGCUCCUAGGCCCCGGGGCGGUGCAGGCGUGUCGCCGGGGCGGGCAUCGGCGUGGAAACGCAGCAGUCGGAGAGGCAAACCGCCCCCUCCCACCCCCCUCAGCACCCCGUACGGACCCUGGCUGCUCCUCCCCCACCGAGGGAAUCUAUGACCCCUCAUUCACCACAGCUCUAGACCAUCUCUAAGUGGGUUGGAGGAAGGGGCAACCCAAAAUUAAUAAUGUGUGUAAGGAAAGAGAUGUCCAACGAUACGUCCUGGUUUGCCCAUUAAAAACGGUUAUUACGUUCUCUUAACAUGUAGGUUUUCUCAGCUGAUAUUAUUAAUAAUUAAUGUUUGGGUUUGCCCAAGUAAUGAUGUUGCCAAGUUUUUUGUCAUGAAACCCUCCACCACCCAACACGACUAAUCAAAUUGUCAUGUAUUACAAGCGUGUAACGCGCUCAUUAUUAUUACUCACCGGUAACAGCUACAUUUUCUCCGUAAUUGUUCAAUUAGUACCACGUUGCAAGAAGUCAAUGUGCAUUGUCCUGUGAAUGUGGAUAUGUCACCACUGGCUAACAUCUGUGAACAGAGAUGACCACCGACCAUUGCUUCAGCGGAGAGACUUUGGCCUUUUGCUUGAUUAGGCUUAUUGAGUAAACUGGUGCUGGAUAGCAUCUUACCACCGAGUUACUACUGGGUCAAUGGUCCAGUUCCCCCUGCUGUCCCAAGUGUUAUCAUGUGAAACAAAGCUGUAAGGAACAGACUUAAAACACAUUUUGAAAUCAUUUCAAAAGCCAGGCCACGUUGCCAGUAUAACCCCCCCCUCCUCUCCCCCCUUAUUAUAACAUUGCCUUCAACUAAAAACGAUGAUUAACCGUCUCUUUGUAACUCUUCCACCCGGUCUCCAUUGAAAUGUGUUUUUGGGGGCACCCCUUGGUUAAAGAUAGGAAUAUAGAUUCAACAAUACAUUGUCAUGAAUAAGAGACCAACUUUCUCUGGGUACUAUCGUACAGGGAGUCCCCGAUAUGCGCCGUCUCGAUAUACGUUGUCUCGCACUCACAUCGCUGGCUUUUUGAGGAACGCAACGUUUCCCCGCUUGUACGUCGUUUUUGACUCCGUUUGAGCCGAGUCCAAAACAUUGUGCGUGGGGGGUGCGUGGCGAUCCGUGCUUACGCUGCGCGAUGAGCCCCGGUGAUCCGACAUCGAUUCCCGCUCACCGACAGCACCAGUGACGAUUAUUGUUUUCGAUGAUAAUUUUCGACUCGGCGAAGCUGAACUUGGCUUUGUGUGUGUCUGGGGGGGGGGGGGGGUCGUAGAUGUACUGCACAACGCGCGCAUGCUCCGCCAUCUCAGUCCCACCGCGUUCUGUCGCGUGCCUAGCUACGAGUGCUCAUUGUAAUCGGCGCGGAUGUUUAUCGCAAAAUAUCGUCGCAACCCUUCAACUCGUCCACUCUUCGAGGUCAAGAUCAUGAAUAUUAUUAACGUCUCUUUAAACAUGCCGUUUAAGACUCUGUGCUUUCUUUUUUAAACACAAGCCGUUUUAUGUUUUGAGUCAUUGCUUUAAAAAUGUCACGAAUACGUUUUGUAUUAUAAAAGGGAAACUUUUUAAAGUGUUACACAGGGCUGCUUCAAAACGCUCCUAAAAAUGGUUUUCAAUUUAGUGUUUGAAAAGUAUAAAUGCUGUUUACUGUUUCACGGCUCUUGAACUCAGAAUUGGUUAUAAAUGUGUACAAUAUGUGUUGUAUAGUAGAGGUACUGUACAGUACAUGUACGGUACCUUUGUUUCUAUACAUGUAAAGUACGUAUUUUGGAUGCUCGGUAUGAAACGCAAUAUUUCCAUAAGCUCCGGUCCCAAUCCAUUGUUUCUUAUGGGAGAAAUUGCCCCACUUUGUGUCGCAUUGCCAAUGUUUACGCUGUUAAGGCCCCUACCCCCCCCCCCCCCACCAUUAACAUGCAUUCCUAUGGGGGGGGGGGGAAGUUUCGUUAUAAGUCGCAACUUUCCGGUCCCAAACCCCGACGUAUAUAAGGGACCCUCUGUACCCACUCCGCACUCUUGUUUCAGUAAGCGGGCACGUGUAGGGCCAAGCACGGGGCAUGCCCAGUUCUGCCUGGUGUGCCGUGUGAAUUGCCUCGAACUCUUUUAGGGCCUUAGGGGUCGUCCAUAAAUGACGUCACGCACCUCGGGGGGGGG